AUGAGAAACCAAGAAGUCUACAAAAACCCACUCGAUUCUCUUCUAACGCGCCAUCUUCUUUCUCUGUUUGAGCUUUUAUCGGAUUCGAUUAGAAGAUUUUCGAAUUGUAUCAAACUGAAGACCUUUCCGGAAAAGGUUAGGUCAUUAUGCGAGAAAGCCAAGGAGAUCUUAAUGGAUGAAAGCAACGUUCAGAAUGAAGAUUUAGUGUAUUGGGCUGUUGAUUUGUCUUCUGAACAAGAACACGGCGUCGUUUUGGAGUUGGGAAGUAAGAAGCUCUGUUUCGUUGAGGUUAGGACAUUAAUGGUGGCUGCUGAUUGGGAGGAUGAACGAGCUAUGGAUGAGUUAGCUAUUGAAGGACAUGCGAGAGCAUUGCUUGAGUGGCAUAAAGUGUCACGCUUUUGUGGAGCUUGUGGAGGUUUAACUGUUCCAAAGGAAGCUGAGAGAAGAAAACAAUGCUCAAACGAGGCUUGUGGAAAGAGGGUUUAUCCCCGGGUUGACCCGGUGGUUAUAAUGUUGGUUAUUGAUCGAGAGAAUGAUCGUGCGCUUUUGAGUAGACAAGCUAGGUUUGUGCCGAGAAUGUGGAGUUGUUUAGCUGGAUUUAUUGAGCCAGGGGAAAGCUUAGAAGAGGUUGUGAGGCGAGAGACAUGGGAAGAGACUGGGAUUGAAGUAGGAGAAAUAGUCUAUCACAGCUCUCAACCUUGGCCUGGUCACAGAGAAAGAGUACCAAGAGAAGUCUACUUUUGCACAUUGUUUACUCCAAACGCAAGGUUUGAUGUCUCUGGACUAGCUCCAGCUUCUGAGUAUUGCUUCAAGGUUGUGUCCUUUAGCGGAACACGAGAACUUGGAGUCGAUGUGAUCAAUGUAAUGACUCGUAGCCCUGAAGAAAGAAGCGAAAGCCUCUCACAAAUUGUAGCACAUUGUCUUCUAACCCUUCUUCUGUUGAAGCUGAGUCCAGUGCUCCUCAGACCUACAAACCUGGGGAAAAUACUGCAAAAAGAACAAUGGAGGCAGAGAUUCUGA